AUGGAAUCAUUAUCAAACAUACCUUGCUCUGCUUUAACUGAUGCCUUGAUUGCUCUCGCACACAACACUUCUCCCAAAAGAAGAAGUUCAGUCAAAACCAUUCCUCGAGAACAGCAUACUUCCUAUCUUACAGACACUGCGGACGCGGUUAGAGAAGUAGCAAAGAAACUAGGUAGAACUCGUGUUAAAUGGGAGAAUCCCAAGACGGUGAUGAUCAUUACUAAACCAGGCGAUUGUUCACUUAUUCGAAUGACUCGUGACAUGGCAUUGCAUCUAAUCGAAACACCUAGAUACGGCAUGGACAGUGGUAUUACAGUUUAUGUUGACCAAAAGCUGAAAGAAUCAAAACGGUUUAGAUACGAGAAGAUCAUCAAAAAUCAUCCGUUGGCUGUAGAUAAACUUAAAUUUUGGACACCAGAAUUAUGCGCUCUUAAUCCUAAAUUAUUUGACUUUAUCAUCACUCUCGGUGGUGACGGAACGGUCUUGUUUUCAUCUUGGUUAUUUCAAACAUAUAUUCCGCCCGUCAUUCCGUUUCAUUUAGGCUCUCUUGGAUUUUUAACCCCAUUUGAUUUUGGGAGAUACAAAGAGCAUCUUCACAAGGCAAUGGAAAUGGGUGUACGUAUUAACCUUCGUGGACGACUCACCUGUACUGUCUAUCGCCGCGUACCACAUCCUAAUUGCAAAUCACCCGAGGAUGCCAAGGUGGUUCACCUGCGCAAUGUGGUCAGAAAUCCCGUAACGGGUAAAUUCACAGUAGGUGGAUGGUGCCAAAAGCAGCAACAUGACGGAAGUGGCAAAAAGAAAAAGUUUGGUGAAGUGGAUGGUGAGGAUAUAGAAGACGAACAGGCUCAGUGCGAUCCGACGCCGAUGGGCGAAGAACGGCAGGUUCCUUGCUUUACUACAGUGCCUGUUGAAAAGUACCAUGUGAUUAAUGAUUUAGUGGUUGAUCGUGGACCAAGUCCCUAUGUAAGUCAAUUGGAACUGUUUGGUGACGAUAAGCACUUGACGACAGUACAAGCAGACGGAUUGGCUAUCUCUACUCCUACUGGAAGUACUGCAUACUCUUUGUCAGCUGGGGGGUCACUGACACAUCCUGACAUUCAGGCUAUUUUGAUUACGCCCAUCUGUCCUCACACACUUUCGUUCAGGCCCACGCUGGUACCUGAAUCAAUGGAAUUGCGUAUCUGUGUGCCGUUCAACUCACGAAACACCGCAUGGGCUAGCUUUGAUGGCCGUGGACGUGUCGAAUUGAAGCAAGGUGAUCAUAUUAAGGUUACAGCGUCCAAGUACCCGUUCCCGACAGUCUGUAAAGAAGACCAAGCUACAGAUUGGUUCAACUCACUUCAAAACUGUCUUCAUUGGAACAAGCGAGAACGCCAAAAGUCAUUUGCCGUCGUUGAAUCACAUGGAGAACGGAAAGGAUUGGCCAACAGCAGGACAAGCAGUAUACAGCAGCUAAACACUUUACCUAACCGUCCUAUGGCAGACCUGUCUCCAACAGAAUCACAAAAUGGACGAAAGUCAUCUUCAUCUUCAUUAUCAGAUGCGGGAUAUGAUGAAGUCUUUGGCAUGUUUUACGAUGAUGAAAUCCACCGUCGUAGUGAGUCAAAUAGUAGCAUAAAUGACGAUGUGGAUGAGUUUGCAAGUGAUUCGGAUUCAGAAGAUGAUGUUGUAUUUAAUGGCUGGUCGGAUGAAGAAAUCAUCAAGUCAAGAUAUAUGGCUAACAUCUCAAAAGAGCUGGAGAAAGUAAAUAAGCAUAUAUUUGCCAGCGAUGAGAUCAGCGAAAGAAGCGAGCAGGAAUAA